UUGAGUCAGAGCUCCAGAUAGCAGAGUGGGUGAGUCAGCUGGUAUUUAAACGCCACACCCAGACGGUCCUGGACCAGAACUGCUGCCGCUCCGAGGUGAAUCCAUCAUGGCUCUGGUGUCGGAGUUUCUGAGUCAGCUGACUCUGUCCUAUGGAGGGGAAGCUGAGCCCAGGUUUCCCACUGUGGUUCCAGUCCGAGAUUUCGACCCGGCAAAGGAUGCUGCCAGACUGGAGACGGCCAUCAAGACUAAAGGUGUGGACGAACAGACGAUCAUCGACAUUCUGACCAGACGGAGCUACGAGCAGCGCCGAGACAUCGCCUUCGAAUACGAACGAAUCGCCAGGAAGGACCUGCCGACGGCCCUGAAGGGGGCGCUGUCCGGCUCUCUGGAGUCUCUCAUGCUGGGUUUGAUGAAGUCCACGUCUCAGUACGACGCCUCCGAACUCAGAGCCUCCAUCAAGGGACUCGGGACCGACGAGGAGACGCUGAUCGAGUUGGUUUGUUCCAGAAACAACGAGGAGCUGAUGGCGAUCAAGAAGGUUUACAAAGAAAUGUUUAAGAAGGAGUUGGACAAAGACGUCGCCGGAGACACAUCAGGAAACUUCGCUAAACUGCUGCUGGCUCUGGUUCAGACGAGACGAGACGAACCCUCCAACGUUGUCGACUAUCAGACGAUUGAUGAAGACGCCAGACUGCUGUAUGAAGCCGGAGUCCAGAGGAAGGGCACCGACGUGGCUGCCUGGAUCUCCAUCAUGUGCCAGAGGAGCGUCCCUCACCUGCAGAAAGUGUUUGAGAGGUAUAAGAGCUACAGUCCCUACGACAUGAAGGAGAGCAUCAGGAAGGAGGUCAAAGGAGAUCUGGAGAAAUCCUUCCUCACUCUGGUCGAGUGUUUCGAGAACAGGCAGCUGUACUUCGCUAACCGACUCCACGAGGCCAUGAAGAGUAAAGGAGCGAAGGAGAAGGUGGUGACCAGGAUCAUGGUGUCUCGCUGUGAAGUCGACCUGAUGAGGAUCAGAACAGAGUUUAAGAGGGAACACAAGAAGUCUCUGUACCAGACCAUCGCUGAGCACACUAAAGGCGACUACCAGAAAGCUCUGCUCAGUCUGUGUGGAGGCGACGACUGAAACCGUCUGGACUCGGUUUCCCAGAAGGCCGCUGGGUGGAAGCAUCAGCUGACCUCCUGUCAGUAUUACUGUAAAACUAACGUCACGUCUGCCUGAACAGAUUCAGACUGGAAGCAAAAUAAAACAGUUUGAAUGUU